GUGUGUGAGGUGUUGGUGUAGUGCGCUCCUGGAUGGUGUCUGGAAAACAGUGAUUCUCUUACCGUAUAAGAUAGUUCAUUGCCAGAUUCCGUGUUCCCCAUUGUCUAAAUUCGCGUAUUUAUUAUUAGUUUUCUUCCAAGUUGCAGUUUUUUAAAUUUAUUCAAUUGUGAAUUUCUUGGUGCAUUUAAAGUGAGGAAAAAUUGUGGGCUGAAAUCUGUUGACAUUGACUCAAGAGUUGCGUUGUAUAAGACGCUGCUAGCCUUGGCACUUGGCGGUGGUACAGGCCAAAACAUCGCGUUCAACGCCAUACUUUGCCCGAAAAAGAUUAGCGAAAAUGACUUUUGGUUCAUAACAUUUUUUUUCGAAAUCAUGCCGUGAUGGGUUGGUUCAGUCAAGGAGAAGAUCCUUCUUUCCCGCCACCUCCUCCACCUCUGGCAUGCAUUGAGCUAAUCGAGCAGCCGAUUUUCAAUGGAGAUGCUGGUCCGUCCAACCCUUUCCCUCAUACGCUGAAGUCAUCCCAACCCCAGUACGAUCUGAAUCCUUCCUCUGACAUUCUUCAGAUCCGCCCGUCCGAAUUGUCAUACACACGACCUUUACUUCAGCCCCACAACGUGCCCAGUAAGGAGCAAUAUGCAAGACCACUAGCAACCACCGAUCGCAAACUUGCUGGUAACGUGGCAAAACUAAGAUUUGCAGCGUCUCCUUGUAAUAUACCCGUCAAAGGUGCGCAUUUGUCGUAUCAGCAACAACAUUUGUCUGCUUCUCAGCCGUCGCUUAACACUUGGACCAACGAUGAUCUUCACGAUGAUCCCGAUGAUUUCUUCAGUCCUGAUUAUUUUGGCUCCCUAACUUAUAGGAAUACCCAGCUAAACGCAAGGCUUGGUUCUUACAAUGUCAAAGAUAGCAGACUGAGCUCCAAUGAUGUGGGUGACCGGGACAGAAAAAUUUAUCUAUCACCGCAAUCCCACAAUCCGCCAUCGCUUAUUCAUAACCAUCACAAAAGCACGCCGAACUUAUCUGAACUACAAGAACGUCCUAUGCCAGCACAUCCUUGGGACGCGGAGUUCUUCAAGAAAGGCUACACUCCAAUCAUCGUGCGCUAUGAUUUCGGCGCAAAGCUUGCAUCGGGCGACGGUGAUGCGCCGUUCAUCAGCGGAGGAACUUUAUCUCCAUCCAAGUCGGAGGGAUCAAUUAACAGAGCCUUCUCAGGGACUGAUAGACUAAAACAAGUCAGCAACGGAAGAAAGAAACAUAAAGAACAAAAUUCGUCGACGACCUGUAGUUCAAUACAAGUUCUGACCCCAUGCAAUCAAGGCUACUACCACCACCACAAUCAGGGGUACUCACCCUACACACCUCCGGGAUCUGAUUCGAAUGUGCCAACGGGGUCUUCAGCGUCUUCAUCCUCGUCCUACGUACCGGGAGGGACCGUCAUAAGCAAUCAAAAUUGUGUUCCUUAUUCACCUCUUGGUUCCACCACACACACACCUCCUGGAUCAGCGCCCUACACUCCCCCAGCGUCUGCACCCCACACUCCUGUACCGCCGAGUGUUGCUUCCGACGGUGUCAGAAAAGGAUCCAACCGCCGAAGACGGAUCAAUUCCAAGUACAAGUACCGGCGAGCAUCAUGCCCCCUGGCGUUCGAGAAAGGCGGAAUCUCAGCUGCGUUCUGGAGCAGCCAACAACUGCCGCGCAGUCUGUACUGCGUCUGCGGCAGUAAAACUGUCUUGGUUGCCAAGGCCAAGGAUAUUUUAAGGGCGGCCGUCUCUUGUCCUGCCGUCAAUGGCUGCCAAGGCUGGGGCGACACGGGAGGGAGUUUUAAGGGCGGCCGACGGAGCGCUGUGCUGCAAGUCUACAGCUGCUGCACGUCUGCAGAGCGCUGUGCUGCAAGUCUACAGCUGCUGCACGUCUGCAGAGCGCUGUGCUGCAAGUCUACAGCUGCUGCACGUCUGCAGAGCGCUGUGCUGCAAGUCUACAGCUGCUGCACGUCUGCAGAGCGCUGUGCUGCAAGUCUACAGCUGCUGCACGUCUGCAGAGCGCUGUGCUGCAAGUCUACUGCUGCUGCACGUCUGCAGAGCGCUGUGCUGCAAGUCUACAGCUGCUGCACGUCUGCAGAGCGCUGUCCUGCAAGUCUACAGCUGCAGCUCUGUGAGCUGAUGUACAGCAUUAACGCUGCCCCGAUGCAGGCUGCAGCCGUAAGAACUGCAUCCGCUGCUCUAUAUUCAGCUGCCUCCAUGUUUUUGUCUCAGGCUGAGACGCCAUCGCUCCAUUCCUCCAUGGUUAAAGCGAGACAAUUUUCCCAGCAUAAAUCUAGCCCUCUUCAAAUUUGGACGCAUCUGGAGCGCCAAUUUCGUAACUACGUCCAACGCCAACAACAACAACAACAACAACAACACCGCCGAGGGGACUUUUCCCUUGAACGCCGAGGGUUGGAACGUCCCCAGGGAGACGUUCCCUCGUCGCCAUCGCAGGCGUCCCCUCUUUGUUUUGAACGCGGCUGUAUUCAGGAGCCUUGUUUGCUGCCAGGGCUGGAGCUUGAGUGUCUCAG